AUGGUAUCAAAGACAAAAAUAGAAGAGAGUGAUGUUCUUUACUGCACUAAACCUCCGUGUUCUGACUGUCAGAAACUUUUGAAGGAAGUGAAAAUCAAGACAAUUCAUUGUGUAGAAGAAUCAUCCAAACAAAGUGACGAAAAUCAGCUAGAAAACUUAAAGAAGAACUUUGACUAUCAUGAGUGGAAACAGUGCGACACUCAACUUACUGCAGGUCCUCCUUACAUAAAGAAAGAAGACUUGUGCAUCUUCUUAGCCCUACAUAUGGAAAACUUCCCAAGCAAAUCACAGAAACCCGAUCGCAAAACUGGAAUUCUCGUCUGUGAAGCGAGCAAGCCAAAAAGGAUUAUUGCCCUGGGCUGCUCAACAGAGGAACUUCAUGCUGUGCCAAAAGUGCUGUUAAGGUUUCCUAAGGCGCUGCAGGGCUGUGAAGUUUACAUGUCUCGGAUGCCUUGCAAUUAUUGUGCAACAUUACUGGUUCAAGCACAAGUCUCACAAGUCUAUUACUGGCCAAAUUUUGAAACUGAAAUGGCAGAAAGUGAGAAAAGGGAUGCUCUGGCAAAGUAUGCUAAUACCAUCUUUAAAGAAAGUUAUAUUGUUGCAGCACCAUAUGUACCAACACUAGGCAAUCAAAGAAAGAUGAAAAAACCUAAUUCCAACAAAAGAGCAUCUUCUCAUGAUGAUAUAAUCCCAGUUUCAUCUAUAUUUGAUGGGAAAAUUGAUGGGGAAAUUUUAAAGUGUUUUAGCUUGGAGCACCUGAAAGGGGACCAACGGGAAAAAUAUAAAAGCAAUCUUGAUACAGCAAAGAAAUGUUUUGAAACUCUGGCAAGUUGCAAAGAUGAAGAAAUAAUAAUCUUAGAAGAGGAGAAAUCAACUGUGAAGAAUAAUCCUAAAUACACCCAUGCGUUACAGCUCUGUGAUUUAUUAGCAUCCAGAAGCGCCAGACUGGAGGAAGAGGAGGAAAGUGCUUCUCCUGUCUUCCUCACCAGGUGGGGAGUUCUGAGGCUUAGGCUGACUGCAAGAGACUCUCGUUGGGGCCAGUUUCUCCAUGGUAUGAAAUGGCAGGUGGUCAGUUCAGACAUUGAUUUUUGGUCGAGCUUUCCUAUUUUUGCAUUAAAGAUUUGCAAAACUGAAGAAGCACUGCUACGAUAG